AUGGCGGACAAGCUGCUGAACCGGAAAGGGGAUAUGAUUCGCGACCAGCUGGAGUGCAAGCCUGUCCCCAUGGACACGAACGACCCGAUGUACGACAGCGAAACAGAAGACGACAACUGCUUCUACCAAGUAAUUGAAGUAGCGGCGUGCGACUAUCGCUCCACGAUAAACAACCAGAGCUGCUUUUCUGUGUCACGAGAGCCUGGUGCACUUGUACGUCCACCUAAGACAGCGGAGGAGUUCCGCGCUGCCGUUGAUGAGACGCUCAAAGCUUUCUUUGCCUGUGCGGAUUCGGUCGACCUAGCCGCCCGGCUUCAAGCCCUAGACUGUCGAUGUUAUCACGACGCUUUUGUCGUUUACGCUGUUCGCGCCUCCCUUGAUAGGAGCACAGAAGACCAACGGCGAAUGAGCGCAGAAUUUGCACUUCUUGCUGAUAAGGGUCUUCUUACGAGGCAGCAGCUCUGCAGGGCAUUCGAAAAGCUUGUGCAGAGUGCAGAUGACAUUGAACUUGACGUGCCGGACGUGGCUAGCCGAUUGUUUGCCUUCAUAGAAUGCGCUUUGCUUGACAACUGCAUCGGCGCCGAUGUUCUCAGCCGUUUGCCCACCUCAUUUGUUUCAAAGCUCGACCCGGCUGUUGUAGCAAGCAACAUCGUCGUGCAGGCUGCCGUGCGCCAGAUGCAAGAAUUUAAAGCUGCCCUUUCUGAAUUCUUGGAGGACGUUUUCGAAAGUGAAGGCGUGCAGGAGGCGGAGCUUUUCCUUCAGGCUCAGGACAAACCACUUUGCCAGCAUGAAUUUGUUGCGAAGCUCGUUGUGGCUUCUUAUUCUAGGGGUUCUAGGGACAGAGAGCUCGCUAGCAACAUUUUGGACCGGCUUUACGGGAAGACAUUGAAGCCUGACGACUUGCAGGUGGGAUUCUCUCGUCUGGUUGGAGCAGUUGAUGACCUUGCAUUGGACGUCCCCCAGGCACAUGACUUCCUGACAAAGAGUUUGGCACGGGCCGUUGUGGACGAACUGUUGCCUCCAGCGUUCUUGGGGGACCGUUAUAGGCUUCACUUCGGGGGGAGUGGAGGCAUGCAAGUCCUAAAGAGGGCACAAAAGUGGCUUUGCGAGCAACCAGGGAAGGCCGCGAGUGAACGCUUUAGAAAGAUAUGGACAGGAACCGACCCAACCAUGAGGGAAGCGCGUAUUUUCAAGCAUGAACUGAAAGCAUGCAUCCGCAAGUAUCUCGAUACGCUCGAUGCCGCCGAAGCCGCAAAGGCAAUCAUAGAUAUGAACCUAGCGCCAGACCAGGAUUCAGAGGUUGUCCGCAAGGCCUAUAUUUUUUCAAUGGAGCGAUCGAAGGACCCAGAGCAGGCAGCAAAAGCUGUAGUGGGGCUGCUCGAGCAAUUACGUGCUCUAGGCGAGCUUGACCAGGAAUGUAUCAUCCAAGGCCUGGCACAAAUCAAGGACCUCCUCCCCGACAUCGAGUUGGACGUACCGAAUGCCCAGCAGAAGAUUUGCUAUAUGGUUGCUGCUUCUCGGAAUAAAGGGCUACUGCCUGCUGACUAUGUUUUUGCGGAAGAGGCAGUUGAAGAUGGGCAGUGA